AUGGACCUGGUCAGCCUUCUCAUUGACCAUGGGGCUGAAGUCAACGCCACAGACUCGAACGGCUUAACUCUGAUGCACCUGGUUCCAGCCGGCAGGUCUGACAUCGUCGGACUUCUUGUCCGUUCGGGUCUUGCGAUUGAUAUCAAAGACAGCAACGGCAAUAGUGGACUGAUGUUGGCUGUGUUGCAGGGACAGGCGGAACGAGUCCGAACCUAUCUGCUCAAUGGCGCUGAUGUGAAUGCAGCAGAGCCAAUUCCGGCAUCAAUAAAGCUUCAGAGCGACACCGUACUCCCCCCGAUCUUAAUAGCCGUUCUUAAGGAGAAAACUAGUGUUUUGAAAGCCCUGGUGGAACACGGAGCUGAUCUUCGGCCUAAAUUUUCUGUUGAUGGGAUGACGGCCCUCCAUGAAGCGGCAUCAAGACACAUGCAUGAAGCCAUUCGGUGUCUAAUCACCGCCAAGGUGGAUCUGGAGGUCCGGGACGCAGAUGGCGACACCGCCCUCCAUUCAGUGGCUAUGGCGGGUGACGGUCCGCACUCUGACAUCUCUUUUAAGUUACUGCUCGAUGCUGGAGCGGAUAUCGAGGCUCGGGAUCUAGAUGGCUUCACACCCCUCCAUGCGGCUGCCCAAAAGGGUGUUUCCACGGUUGUGCAGAGGCUAUUGGAUUCAGGUUCCGAUAUCGAGGCUCGUUCCAGCCAACUACGAACUCCUUUGCACCAAGCUGCAGAAUAUGGCCACACAGAAAUAAUACAGAGGCUGCUUAAUAAAGGUGCAGAUAUCCACAGCAAAGAUCGCAACGGAGAGACUGCCUUACAUGUCGCAUGUCGGACUAGGUGCGACAAAAACCUCUCCGUGAUCAAGUAUUUGAUCGCGUGCGGAGCAAGUGUGCUGGAGCCGACAACAGAUGUGGCUAGGCGCAGGCUCCUGCCGGCACAUUAUGCUGCCAAUUUCGGAUUCAAGGAGGCGGUGGAGUUGUUCUUGAACAUGGGAUUUGAAAGCAGCUCAACAGAUGGCCAUGGCCUUCAGAUGAUCCACCACGCCGCUUCGAAAGGCCAUGUGGACGUGUUGAAAUUGCUCCUCUCCAGAAAUGCAGCAGCCAGUUCCGGCACGAGGACCGGGGGAGAGCGUCCACUCCACUUCGCAGCGCGAGGAGAUCACGAAGAGGCCGUCUCAGUGCUGUGCAAGUACGGAGCUGAUGCCAACCUCCCAGCAUGGAAGGAUGGGUGCUACCCAAUCCACUUCGCGGCGCAGUGUGGCCACGACAAAGUGAUAUCCGUGCUACGGAAGAACGGAGCCAAAAUCGAUGUCUUGGACGAUCAGAAGGGGACUGCGCUUUUCCAUGCUGCACGCGGGGGCCACAAAGGUACUGUAUCGUUGUUGUGCGAUCACGGCGCUCAGGUCAAUCUCGGAUCGUGUAAUGCCCUUAUCUCGGCGGGAUGGCAGGGGCGUGCAGACAUCGUGUCCGUGCUGUGCGAGAGAGGUGCAAGUGUCCAUAUCAAUAGGCACACACGCAUGUCACCUCUCAUCGAAGCUGCGAAGGCGGGUCAUAUUGACGUCGUCCGGAUCCUGUUGCAAUACGGCGCUGAUGUUGACGUUCGGUCAAAAAAUCUCCACUGGACACCGCUGCACUUUGCAGCGUAUAACAACCGCAAGGAAAUGCUCAAGCUGUUCCUGGAGAAAGGGGCUGACCGACAAGCCCUGACGAAGGGCGGGGAAACAGCAUGGGCACUUGCUCAGAAAAUGGGCCAUGGUGAGAUGUGCCAGAUGUUAGGAAGACCCUCAUUACAAGGCAAAGCAGAUACCGGUGGCAGGACCUCUGAUCCCACAACUAGCAAGAAGGUCGUGCCCACGAGGAAAAAGACUCCAAAGAAGUAA